CCUACCUUACUUACCUUACCUAAGGCAGUUUUGGAGAAGUCCAGCACGUCCCGCCUGAAAUCCGGGGUCGCCUUUCAGCGGCUUGCAGCGCCCACGGCUAUUAUCGGCACCACUCAUUCCAAGAUGAUCGAGCGCAACAAGCCGAAGCUCCUUUGAGACCUCGGGUUACCUGGGGCAUUCGCAUUGAGCCCUGCGCUUGCCUCCUCUGCAAUCAACUUUGCUUUCUUCUCUUCCUCCCUAUGUGCGUUUAAUCGAUAUUCCAAGCUUACAAUUCACGUCACAAAGCUUCAAUCAUCCAACAUGCGUUCCAUGAAAGCGAAGCACCGGCUCGUCCGACCCCUCCCUCGGCUCCUCUCCACUGCCGCAGGCCAGACGGUGCCGGCUUCUAGCCAAAUCACUCCUAUUACCUCUCUUCUUAUUGCCAACCGCGGCGAGAUCGCUCUCCGAAUCCACAAGACCGCAGACAGGUUAGGGAUCAAGACGACGACCAUCUACACGGACCCCGACAGCAAGAGCCAGCACGCCGCGUGCUCCCCGCACUCCUUGAACCUGGGCGACGCAAGAGCGUACUUGGACGGCGAACGCAUCAUCUCCCUAGCUAAGAAACACGGCAUACAAGCCCUACAUCCCGGCUAUGGCUUCUUGUCUGAGAACUCCCGAUUUGCUGAGAGGUGCGAAAAGGAGGGCAUUGUCUUCGUUGGACCUCCGGCGCAGGCAAUGACCGAUAUGGGAGACAAGGCGCGAAGCAAGAUCAUCAUGACGAAUGCCGGCGUGCCUUGCGUUCCAGGAUACCAUGGUUCAGAUCAAGGGGAGGCACAACUAUUGGAACACGCGAAGAAUAUCAAAUUCCCAGUGUUGCUAAAGAGCGUCAAAGGUGGUGGCGGCAAGGGCAUGCGCAUCGUCAUGACCGAGGACGAGUUUACUGCCCAGCUUGGCAGUGCUCGUGCCGAGGCUCGCGCUUCCUUUGGCGAGGGUGGAGAGGUCAUGUUGGUGGAGAAGUAUAUUGUGCGCCCUCGUCAUGUUGAGGUGCAAGUCUUCGCGGAUAAGCUGGGCAAUUGCGUUGCCUUAGGCGAGCGUGAUUGCAGUGUCCAGAGGCGACACCAAAAGAUCCUUGAGGAGUCUCCAGCGCCUGACUUGAUUGAGGAAACUCGUCUCGAUCUUUGGGAGAAGGCCAGGAAAGCUGCUCUGGCUGUUAACUACGUUGGCGCUGGCACUGUUGAGUUCAUUCUGGACAAGGACACCGGAGACUUUUACUUCAUGGAGAUGAACACCCGGUUACAAGUCGAGCAUCCUGUCAGCGAGAUGGUCACCGGCACCGACCUUGUCGAAUGGCAAUUCCGUGUUGCCGCUGGAGAGAAGCUACCUAUGACGCAGGAAGAGAUCGUGGAGAACAUCAAGCAGCACGGUGCAGCCAUUGAGGCUCGUAUCUAUGCCGAAAAUCCGGAGAAGGGGUUCAUGCCGGAUUCCGGCAAGCUGAUUCACCUCACCACGCCCAAGACGAACGAGGACAUCCGCAUCGACGCCGGCUUUAUCCAGGGCGACACUGUCUCGGAAGCCUACGAUGGCAUGAUUGCCAAGUUGAUUGUUCGCGGCAAGGAUAGAGAGACUGCUAUCCGCAGGCUGGAACUGGCUCUCCGCGAGUACGAAGUUGUUGGUCUCAGCACCAACAUCGAGUUUCUGAAACGUUUGUGCCGGUCUCCAGCAUUCAUCGAGGGCGAUGUCGAGACGGGCUUUAUCGAUAAGUGGAGAGAUGAACUCUUCAAGCCGCGGCUAAUCCGAGACGAGGUCUUUGUCCAGGCUGCUCUCAGUUCAUUGUCUCCCCAACUAUCACACGCUGCUCCCCAUGGAGGUAGCUUGGGCUUUGGUGAGGCCAGCACCCUCAGCGAGCGCAAGUUUGCCUUCAAGGUGCUCGACUUGUACAGCGAGCAGGAAGGAGAAGUUGUGGAAGUUAGCAUCACACAAAAGUCCCAUCAGCUCUUCGAUGCGCGCGUAACAAGGAAUGGAGAGCAGUCAUCCCAGGUUUUCGAGAACCUCAUCAGCAAUUUCCAAUCAAAGUCUUCGUCAACAAACGCACUCACAACGUUCUUCCCCAACGAAAGAUUGGAGACGACAGUCGUGCAGAAUACGCAGAAUGAGCAGGAUACCAAGAUUGCCGUGUUCCAACAUGGCAUCAAGACCGAGCUUUCCCUUCUGCCGCCAAGCUGGUUUGAGAGGGCCCUCGGUUUGAAAGAGGUCACGGCGUCCGUCAUGGCACCGAUGCCUUGCAAGAUUCUGAAGAACGAGGUGGAGGAAGGGCAAACGGUGGCCAAGGGAGCUCCGUUGGUCGUUAUCGAGUCUAUGAAGAUGGAGACAGUUAUCCGGUCGCCCCAGAAUGGCGUGGUAAAGAAGCUGGCGCACAAGGAAGGCGAUAUCUGCAAAGCCGGAACAGUCUUGGUACAAUUUGAGGAAGAAGCUACGGAGGAUUCAUAAGCGGGCGGUGCUCGAUUGGCAUGUGAAAAGAAUAAUGGUUUGAGGUUUGUACAGCGACUAGGGUUAGAUUAACGACUCGCUUUUAUUGAAGAACUCACUCGU